ACGUGCUGAAACAUUUGCGGCUGUAGAAAAUUUUUGUUUUCACCAAUUUAACUCAAUUUUCGGCUUUUUUGCAAAAUAGUAGGUACUUAUUGGGUUCGCGGGGUUUCGUAGUAUUGGGGUGGUGAUCUGUUGUUUUUUUUAUGGCGGGGAGUGGGGUAAGGAUUGGGGUUUAUUGAUUUUUUUGCAUCCUAGAGUUAAGAAAAAUUGAAAGAGUUCAAAAAACGCGCCUUUUUUCAUUCAAAUUUUAUAAACUCAAUAGGUGUCGCUACCACUGCAAUUUUCUCGUGUGUGAUGUUCUCACACCGCGUUUCAAUUUUUUCAAUUUUCUCAUUUUUCUGGAAUAAAUAGCAGAGUUUUCACACAAAAAAUGCAGCACGACGAUGUUGUUUGGGGUAUUAUCAAUAAAUCCUUUUGUUCGCAUAAAGUUUCGACAGCAACACAGAAAUUCUGUAAGCAUGAGUACAACUUGACGGGGCUCUGUGGCCGGUACACGUGCCCACUGGCCAAUAGUCAGUACGCCACAGUCCGGGAGGAGAAUGGAAUUGUGUAUUUGUACAUGAAGACAGCCGAGAGGGCCAUGUUUCCUAGCAAGAUGUGGGAAAAGGUAAAAUUGUCACGGAAUUUUGAGAAAGCCAUCCAUCAGAUCAAUGAGAGCCUCCUGUUCUGGAAUAAGUAUAUCAUCUCCAAGUGCAAACAGCGCUUUGUGAAGAUCACACAGUACCUCAUUCGAAUGCGAAAACUCAAACUUCGACGACAGAAACUCCUUGUACCCCUACAAAGGAAGAUUGAACGACGCGAGAAGAGGCGAGAAGUGAAGGCCUUGGUUGCAGCAAAAUUAGACAGUGCUAUUGAAAAGCAGCUGCUGGAGCGUCUCAAAAAGGGAACCUACGAGGACAUUUACAAUUUCCCGCAGAAUGUCUUCAACAAAGCUCUCGAGAGUGAGACAGUGGAAGAUGAAGAUGACGAUGAAGAGCAACAUGAAGAAGAAGAAUUGAGUGAAUCUGAGAAGGAGAUGGAAAUUGAGCCAGAAGUGGAGAAGGAACUGCAAUUGGACACAGAGUAUGUUGAAGCAGAAGACGAUGAUGAUGAGGAAAUGGAUACAGAUGCUGACAGUGAAUCAGGGAAACGAGAAGCAGCAGAUGUUGAUAGUGAUUUUGAAUCUUCAGACAAUUCAGAUAUUGAGGAUAUUGAGGGACCGAGUGGAUCGAAAUCAAAGAUCAAAGGACAAUUUGUUCGGGUACGGAGAACAAAACCAAAAGUGGAAAUUGAAUAUGAAGUGGAUACCGCUCAAGCGAGGGAAAGGAUACAUCAAUGAGGUGAGAUCUGCACAACGUUUUUGUUUUCUCACACAACCGUCAAAGUUAUUCAAAUAAAGAAAAGGUGUAAAUUAAACUUA